AAAAAAAAAAUACUAGCCCACCUCAUCUGUCCAUCUCGCCGGGUCGCGUCCCCGUCCCGUCCGCUUCCGUCAGCUCGUCCGCCGCCAAACCCUAACCCCGGCAGGCAGCGCCCACGCCGACGGAGAGAGGGGGCGGCGGCAGCCUGGAUGCGAGCAGCCGCCCGCUGCUGGGGCAAUGGAGCUCGUCCCCUUCACGCCCGCUGCCGGAGCCGGAGCCAUCGUCGAGGCGGGCGGCGCGGGCUCGAUCCCCGCGAUGGUGGCGGCGCAGCAGGCGACGCUGCACGCGCAGGUGGACCAGCUCCAGCGCCUCGUCGUUGCCCAGUGCCACCUCACCGGCGUCAACCCGCUCGCCCAGGAGAUGGCUGCUGGUGCAUUGUCUAUCAAAAUAGGUAAAAAACCAAGGGAUCUGUUGAAUCCAAAAGCAGUUAAUUACAUGCAGUCACUUUUUGCUGUGAAAGAUACUAUUGGCAAAAGAGAAACUCGGGAGAUUAGCGCACUUUGUGGGGUUACUGUUACACAGGUAAGGGAGUUUUUUGCAAGUCAGCGUACGCGAGUAAGAAAAGCUGUCCGUUUGUCACGAGAGAAAGCACUCGAAUUAGAGGCAUCCAAGAUGCCUAACAGUGUAUGCUCCAUGAGCACUGAGCAGACACCUCUCCACAUUGAGACGCAUGCUCAAGUUGUUGAACCUUUGAACACUUUAGGACCAAUAGAGAUGUUGCAAAGCUCUUCUCAACAAGCUGACACCCUGCAGAAUUCUCUACAACCAGCAGAGGCCCCGCAGAAUUCUUUACAACAAGCAGAGGCCCAGCAGAACACUGCAACCCCAACCCCAACCCCAACACCUGUCACCCCUAUGGAAACAGCCGAACUGACGGAUGCUAAGAUUAAUCCAGGCUCUGUUCAAAAGGAAACUAAACAAGAGGAAGUUGCACCAGGUGUUGAGUCAGAAGAUAAAAAGUUCUUGGAUAGUAUCUUUGCCUUAAUGCGGAAGGAGGAAACGUUUUCGGGACAGGUCAAGUUGAUGCAAUGGAUUCUUCAAAUAAAUAAUGCGAUGAUUCUUAGUUGGUUCUUAACAAUGGGUGGUUUGACUAUUGUGUCAACAUGGCUGAGCGAAGCAGCUACUGAAGAGCAAACAACCGUUAUUCUCGUUAUUUUCAAGGUUCUUCUUCACCUUCCACUACAUAAAGCUUUGCCAGUCCACAUGUCAGUUGUUCUGCAAGCUGUUAACAGAUUGCGGUUUUAUAGGACACAAGACAUAUCCAGCAGGGCCAGGAACUUGCUCUCCAGAUUGAGCAAAGUGCUCAUACGGAGUCAAGCGUCGAAGAAACCUCAAAAGGAUUUAAUUUGUAAACAAAGGAUAAGUGAAAUUCUCCGUGAUGACUCCUGGAGAUCUGAAGUUGAUAUUACUGAGGAGAUCCUUUCCUUGACUGAAGGUGCAAGUGAGAGCAGAAAGCCUGAGUCCAAGAAAACUCCACUGCUGCUCACUGCUUCUGCCGAUGAUUCAGUUAAAAACAGUCCUGUGAAGCCAAAGUCCAAAGAGAGAAGAAAAGUUCUACUUGUAGAGCAUCCAAAUCGGAAAGUUGCCGGGAAGAACGUUCAAUCUGCUAGGAGCUUAUCUACAAAUAAUAGCAGACCAUUAUCCGCAGAUGAUAUCCAAAAAGCAAAGAUGCGUGCCAUGUUUAUGCAGGAGAAGUAUGGCAAGGUUGACAAAAGUAAAGUGACUGAUAAACUAGAGACGACAGAAACUCAAAAACCAUCUGGAUCGGUCAACUCAAAUGUGCCUCCUAUGCCUUCAAGUCCCCUCACAUCAACUACUAAACAACCUGUUGACCCAAGCCCAUCAACUCUUAUACAGAAUGGAGUACCCUCGCCUGAUAAGCCAGAAAUCCUGGCCAGUCCAAAGCUAAACUUAGCUGCCAAAGAGAACUCCGUAGUGAAAUUGGAUUCCAAGAGGAUUCGUUGGCGGAUACCACCAGAGGUAUGGAUAGAUCCCUCGUGGAGUUUAAGUACUGGGGAAAAUAGCAAGGAGCUUGAUGUUCAAACACAGAGAAAUCGGCGCGGGAAGGAGACCUUUUAUGCAAGUCUAAAGGACAUUCCAUUGAAUCCCAAGGACCCAUGGGAUUUGGAAAUGGACUUUGAUGACAGCCUGACCCCAGAAAUUCCAAUUGACCAGGCACCAGAUGCUGACGCUAUGGAGUCGGAUAGCGUGGAUGCAGCACCUCCUGACAUUGGCUUUCUUGAUGAAAACAAGCAAGUUGGAUCAACCUUGUCAUCAUCUUUGACAGUUACUGCUGGUGCUAACGGUGCAGCAACUGAGCCAGAUCUUGAGCUGCUUGCAGUGCUGCUCAAGAAUCCGCAGCUUGUAUUUGCACUAUCAUCUAACCAGGUGGGGAACCUGCCAAACGAUCAGACUGUCGCGCUUCUGGACAUGCUGAAGCAGACUGGCCUUGGACUUUCGGAGCUGGUAAAUAGUCUGGCUAACAGUGCUGGUGUCCCAAAAGAACCUGAACCUGGCCCUGAAAUGAUCCCUACUUCACUUCCAUCACCCACUCCUCCAAAAGAUCUUCCAGCAAGUGCGGGCUGGAGAUCUGAAUUCCCAACACAAGCAAGCGCAGCAAACUUGCCGCAGGCACAUUUAUCCAAUAGAGGAAGCACACCUCUGUCCAAUGCAGUGGACCAAAGCUUCUCAAACGUUGUUAGUCUGUUGCCUUCACAACCUUAUACUUCAGUUUCUGCCAUGCCGGCACACAUCCAAAGUAACAUCCCGUCUCUACCUCAGUUGGUGGUCUCGGUAAAUCCGCUAACUCAGCAUGUUGCGCCUGUGAAUAACCUGUUGAACAGAACUCCGGUACAUCAGCAUACCCAGCCAUAUGCUAUGGUUUCUGAUCCCGCUGCAGUGACCAUACAUCAACAGCCAGCUGCAAAUAAACCAGCCCAUGAAUUUCAGAACACCACAAAUCCGGCUCCAGCACAUUCCUUGACGCCUGAUCCAAAUGCAUCUUAUACGACACUCCCCUGGCAAUCUAGUGCUGCUAAUGUUGCCAGCACUGGACGAAGCACAACACCUGAUCCAAAUGCAUCUUAUACGACACUCCCCUGGCAAUCUAGUGCUGCCAAUGUUGCCAGCACUGGACGAAGCACAACACCUGAUCCAUGGGCUGCACGUACAACUAAUUCAUUUAAUGACGCAUCAGCGGCCUAUCUUAACCAGAGUGCAUACAACAACCAAAGCAUGCAGACUACAUACGAUGCUUAUGGUACUAUGCCAGUCUCAUCUCAGGGACUGGCUAGAAAUGUUUACGCUCAAACGUCAGAGUAUCAGGUGUCGGGUCGUAUAGCUCACCAGCGGCAUUCGCUAUCCCCUGAGCCUGGCGCUGCUAGAGUCUAUGGUGGCACACAAGGGUACAUUCCAGAGCCCUCGAAACUGGGGAAUUAUGGGCAACAAAACUAUAAUUCCGUGGCAUCAAGGGACUGGAGUUCUGGGCAACAGAGCUACACUCCUGCUGAACCAUCAAGGCAACAGAGCUACACUCCCGUGGAGCCUUCAAGGCAACAGAGCUACACCCCAGUAGAGCAGCCUUCAAGGCAGUGGAGUUCCGGACAACAGAGCUACGCCUCAGCUGAACCAUCAAGGCAACAAAGCUACACUACUGCAGAGACUUCAAGGCAGUGGAGCUCCGGCCAGCAGAGCUACACUCCAGCUGAACAUUCAAGGCAGCAGAGCUACACUACAGCCGAACCUUCAAGGCAGUGGACCUCAGGGCAACAGGGCUACACUCCACCUGACCCUUCAAGGCAGUGGAGCUCCGGCAAGCAAAGUUUCACGCCCGCCGAUCCCAAGCGGACAUGGAGCACGGCUAACCAGGGCCAAAACCCUGACACAUCAAGGCAAUGGACCACCGGGAAGCAAGAUCGUUACAAUCCGAGCGACGGUCAAAAUGCCUAUGAUCAGCGCCGGAGAAGACGAUGGGAGUGAGCUGUACAUACAUUAGCUAAUUCUUUGUGAGCUCUCUGAUUGUGAUGUUUGAUUCGUUAAUCCUGGUCUCUCUGAUUGAUGCAGAGGCCAUCUAGAAAAAUAUACAUCAUGUAAUGUAAACUUGUAGUAGCAGCAGGUGGCGAUGGGAGAUAACUAGAAAGAAAGAAGGAAACAGGAAACUAUAGUACUUAGAUGACGAUAGGUCUGCAUCAAUGAUAAGCCAAAUUUUCUUUUA